AGCCGGGCGCGAAGGCUCCUGGGCUGCGGGUCACUAGGAACGGAAGCCGCUGCAGGACGCCGAGGCAGCCAGGAUGGCGACUCCGAGCAGGAAGGCGUCGACCUCAAGCUCCCUGGCUUCCAAGAGGGUCCUGCCGACGGACCCUUCCUCGGAGGUUCCGAGCAAGAGAAAGAAUCCGACCCCGCCGUCGUCUCAGCUGCCGUCCUCCGGGCCUUUCGUGGAAGGCUCUAUCGUCCGCAUCGCGAUGGAGAACUUCCUAACAUAUGACAUCUGUGAAGUGUCUCCAGGACCCCACUUGAACAUGAUUAUAGGAGCUAAUGGAACAGGGAAGUCGAGCAUUGUGUGUGCCAUUUGCCUUGGAUUAGCAGGCAAACCUGCUUUUAUGGGGCGGGCAGAUAAGGUUGGUUUUUUUGUGAAGAGAGGAUGUUCCAGAGGCAUGGUUGAAAUUGAAUUGUUCAGGACUUCUGGAAACCUUGUAAUCACCCGUGAGAUUGAUGUGGCAAAAAAUCAGUCUUUGUGGUUUAUCAACAAAAAAUCUACAACCCAGAAAGUAGUAGAAGAGCAAGUUUCAGCCUUAAAUAUUCAAGUGGGCAAUCUUUGCCAGUUUCUACCUCAGGACAAAGUUGGAGAAUUUGCUAAACUAAGCAAAAUUGAACUCCUUGAAGCUACUGAGAAGUCAGUUGGUCCUCCAGAAAUGUACAGGUAUCACUGUGAACUCAAAAACUUCAGGGAGAAAGAAAAACAGCUAGAGACCUCAUGCAAAGAGAAAACCGAAUACCUAGAGAAAAUGGUUCAGAGAAACGAACGAUACAAACAAGAUGUGGACAGGUUCUAUGAACGAAAACGACAUUUAGAUUUAAUUGAGAUGCUUGAAGCAAAAAGACCGUGGGUGGAAUAUGAAAAUGUUCGUCAGGAAUAUGAAGAAGUGAAACUAGUUCGUGACCAAGUGAAGGAAGAGAUCAGAAAACUUAAAGACGGGCAGAUUCCUAUCACACAUCGAAUUGAGGAAAUUGACAGGCAGCGCUAUAAUUUGGAGACUCGAAUCAAAGAAAAGGCAACAGAUAUUAAGGAGACAUCCCAAAAAUGCAAGCAAAAGCAAGAUCUUAUAGAAAGGAAGGAUAAACAUAUCGAAGAACUUCAGCAGGCCUUAACAGUAAAACAAAAUGAAGAGCGAGACCGACAAAGGAGAAUAAGUAAUACCCGCAAAAUGAUAGAGGAUUUGCAAAAUGAACUAAAGACCACAGAAAACUGUGAGAAUCUUCAGCCUCAGAUUGAUGCCAUUACAAAUGAUUUGAGACGAGUUCAAGAUGAAAAAGCAUUAUGUGAAGGAGAGAUAAUUGAUAAACGAAGAGAGAGGGAGAUGCUAGAGAAGGAGAAACAGAAUGUGGAUGAUCAUAUCAUACGUUUUGACAAUCUUAUGAAUCAAAAGGAAGAUAAGCUGAGGCAGAGGUACCGGGACACCUAUGAUGCUGUUUUGUGGCUACGAAAUAACAGAGACAAAUUUAAGCAAAGAGUCUGUGAGCCCAUAAUGCUUACGAUCAAUAUGAAAGACAAUAAAAAUGCUAAAUAUAUUGAAAAUCAUAUUCCAUCAAAUGACUUGAGAGCCUUUGUGUUUGAAAGUCAAGAAGACAUGGAGGUUUUCCUCAAAGAGGUUCGUGACAAUAAAAAGUUAAGAGUAAAUGCUGUAAUUGCUCCUAAGAGUUCAUAUGCAGACAAAGCACCUUCAAGAUCUCUAAAUGAACUGAAACAGUAUGGAUUUUUCUCUUAUCUACGAGAGCUGUUUGACGCGCCUGAUCCUGUGAUGAGUUACCUUUGCUGCCAGUACCAUAUUCAUGAAGUUCCUGUGGGAACUGAAAGGACUAGAGAACGAAUUGAACGGGUAAUACAAGAAACCCGAUUAAAACAAAUUUAUACAGCAGAAGAAAAGUAUGUGGUGAAGACAUCUUUUUAUUCAAACAAAGUUAUUUCUAGUAACACAUCCCUUAAAGUAGCCCAGUUUCUCACAGUCACCGUGGAUCUAGAGCAAAGAAGACACUUGGAAGAACAGCUAAAGGAAAUUAAUAGAAAAUUGCAAGCAGUGGAUACAGGAUUAUUUGCCUUACGAGAGACAAACAGACGUCUAGAACACAAAGACAAUGAACUUAGGCAAAAGAAGAAGGAACUUCUUGAAAGAAAAACCAAGAAAAGACAACUGGAACAAAAAAUUAGUUCCAAGCUAGGAAGUAUAAAGCUGAUGGAACAGGAUACUUGCAACCUGGAAGAGGAAGAACGGAAAGCAAGUACCAAAAUCAAAGAACUGAAUGUUCAGAAAGCAAAACUUGUUACUGAAUUAACAAAUCUAGUAAAGAUUUGUACUUCUCUGCAUAUACAAAAAGUAGAUUUAAUUCUUCAAAAUACUACAAUGAUCUCUGAGAAGAACAAAUUAGAGUCAGAUUAUAUAGCUGCAUCUUCACAACUACGUGUCAUAGAGCAACAGUUCGUUGAGUUGGAUGAAAACAGAAUGAGAUUAUUGCAGAAAUGCAAGGAACUUAUGAAGAGAGCUAGGCAAGUAUGUAACCUGAGUGCAGAACAGAUUGUGCCUCAAGAAUAUCAGACACAAGUACCCACCAUUCCAAAUGGACACAACUCCUCACUCCCCAUGGCUUUCCAAGAUCUUCCAAAUACAUUGGAUGAAAUUGAUGCUUUAUUAACUGAGGAAAGAUCAAGAGCCUCCUGCUUCACAGGACUGAAUCCUACAGUGGUUGAAGAAUAUACAAAAAGAGAAGAAGAAAUAGAGCAGUUAACUGAAGAACUAAAGGGAAAGAGAGUUGAACUGGAUAAAUACAGGGAAAGCAUUUCACAGGUAAAAGAAAGGUGGCUUAAUCCCUUAAAGGAGCUAGUAGAAAAAAUUAAUGAAAAAUUCAGCAAUUUUUUUAGUUCCAUGCAGUGUGCUGGUGAAGUUGAUCUCCACACAGAAAAUGAGGAGGACUAUGAUAAAUAUGGAAUCCGAAUUAGAGUCAAAUUUCGAAGUAGUACUCAACUGCACGAAUUGACUCCUCAUCAUCAAAGUGGAGGUGAAAGAAGUGUUUCCACUAUGUUAUACUUGAUGGCACUUCAGGAGCUUAAUAGAUGUCCAUUCAGAGUGGUCGAUGAAAUCAAUCAGGGUAUGGACCCAAUCAAUGAACGGAGAGUGUUUGAAAUGGUUGUAAAUACUGCCUGUAAAGAAAAUACAUCUCAAUACUUCUUCAUUACACCAAAGCAGAUACUCUGUGGAAUAGCCAAAUCUGAUAAUAUUCUAUUUCUUACCAAACAUCUUGGCCUAAAAACCAAACCUCCCUGCACUUGCAGGGACUAGCAGUCUAUCACAGUGCUUAACCAUAGAAGGUACGUGAAAAGUGUGGAUAAAAGUAAAAGUAUCCUAGGAAAAUUGUGUGGGAUGUGUUCUUCUCUAGAGUCUACUAGGGAGCUUUAUUAUCCCAGUUGUCCUGUGAAUAUUGAGGACUUCCAGGCAUGUCCAUUAUUCCAAGACAGUUAGUAGGCCAGGCUUAAGGUAUGUUAAUUCAGGUAGCGAUUACAGGCGGGCCAGGUUUAUAGCGAGGUGCUCUCGAGCUUCCUAAGAAUUUUAUUAAUAAAAUAAUAUACUUAUACACAUGUGAGAUUGGAAAACUGUGCU